AUGCAGCUGGACGACGAUCACAAGCCGCUCUGGUCUGAUGUGCUCCAAGACCACGGUGUGAUGGCUGCUGCCACGUGGAAUACCAGCAGUGAUGGGCAUUAUUUCAUCCGCCUUGAAGCUCCCAUGAACAACAUAACCACUUCAUUGGGCCACACAGCUGAGCUGUUUUGCCGAGUAUCUGGCAACCCUAUUCCCACUGUACGAUGGCUGAAAAAUGAUGCUCCCGUUGUACAAGAGCCGCGCAGAGUGUCGUAUCGCUCCAUGGUGUACGGAUCGCGACUACGUAUACGGAAUCUGGACACAACGGAUACGGGAUACUUCCAGUGCGUCGCAACAAACGCUCACGGAGUAGUUUCCACGACGGGGGUCCUCUUUGUGAAGUUUGAUCCCCUCCCUACACCUCUGCCAGGACGGCCCACUGAUGAUUUCGAUGAGGAGGGUUUCUGCCAGCCGUACCGGGGGAUCGCCUGUGCUCGCUUUAUCGGCAACCGCAGCAUUUAUGUGGACUCUCUCCAGAUGCAGGGCGAGAUCGAGACGCAGAUCACAGCCGCCUUCACCAUGAUCGGAACCUCCAAUCACUUAUCGGAUCGCUGCUCCCAGUUCGCCAUCCCGUCCCUGUGCCACUUUGCCUUCCCCACCUGUGACCGCAGUUCUGGGGCUGACAAACCACGCGACCUUUGCAAAGACGAGUGUGAGAUCCUGGAGAACGACCUGUGCAAAACAGAGUACAUCAUCGCACGCUCCAACCCCAUCAUCCUGAAGAGGCUCAAACUGCCCAACUGUGACGAGCUGGCGGCGUUCGACAGCCCUGAGGCCGCCAACUGCCUGAGGAUAGGCAUCCCUAUGGCAGAGCCCAUCAACAAAAAUCACAAGUGCUUCAACAGUAGUGGAGCAGAGUACCGUGGCACUGUGAGCAUGACCAAGUCGGGACGCCAGUGUCAGCCUUGGAACUCGCAGUACCCCCACAGCCACACCUUCCUGGCCAUCCGCUACCCAGAGCUCAACGGGGGCCACUCCUACUGCCGUAACCCUGGCAACAAGCAUGAAGCCCCCUGGUGUUUCACCCUGGACGAUCGCGUACGCAUGGAGCUCUGUGAAAUCCCCAUCUGCGAUCACAAGGAGAAGUCCAGCAGUGGCAGCAUGGAGAUCUUGUGGAUCCUGAUUCCCAGUGUGGCCAUCCCUUUAGCCAUUGCCCUGUUGUUUUUCUUCAUCUGUGUGUGUCGCAACAACCAGAAGACCUCCAGACCGCCGCCCCCGCGUCAACCCAAACCAGUGCGUGGCCAAAACGUGGAGAUGUCCAUGCUCACAACCCAGUUCAAGCCAAAGACCAAGACCAAAGAGCUUCCUCUGUCAGCUGUGCGCUUCAUGGAGGAGCUGGGGGACUGCCCCCUGGGAAAGGUGUACAAGGGUCAUCUGUACCUGCCGGGCAUGGACCAAGCCCAACUUGUGGCCAUAAAGACCCUCAAAGACGUGUCUAACGUGCAGCAGUGGGGCGAGUUCCAGAAGGAGGUGUCUGUUCUGACCGAGCUGCAGCACCCUAACGUGGUGUGUCUUCUGGGGGUGGUGACGCAGGAGCAGCCGGUCUGUAUGCUCUUCGAAUUCCUUCCCCGGGGAGACCUCCACGAGUUCCUCAUCAUGCGCUCGCCUCACAGUGAUGUGGGCUGUAGUAGCGACGAGGACGGAACAGUCAAGUCCAGUCUGGAUCAUGGAGACUUCUUACACAUGGCCUCACAGGUGGCUGCUGGGAUGGACUACCUCUCCAGCCAUUCCUUUGUCCACAAAGACCUUGCAGCUCGGAACAUCCUGGUUGGAGAACAGCUUCAUGUGAAAAUAUCAGACCUGGGUCUUUCCAGAGAGAUUUACUCUUCAGACUAUUACCUCAUCCAGCCAAAGACCCUGCUGCCCAUCCGCUGGAUGCCCCCCGAGUCAAUCACCUAUGGCAAGUUUACCUCAGAGUCUGACAUUUGGUCCUUUGGAGUUGUGCUCUGGGAGGUGUUCAGUUAUGGCCUGCAGCCGUACUAUGGAUUCUCUAACCAGGAAGUGAUGGAAAUGGUCAGGAAGAGGCAGCUGCUGCCCUGUCCAGAGGACUGCCCUCCAAGGUUUUACGGUCUGAUGACGGAGUGCUGGCAGGAGGGGCCAGCUCGACGUCCUCGGUUUAAAGACAUCCAUGCUCGCCUCAGAGCCUGGGAGGGUCUGUCCUCUCAUGCUAGCUCCAGCACGCCCUCUGCUGGAGGGGGAAAUGCUACUACACAGACCACGUCUUUGAGUGCCAGCCCUGUGUCAAACCUGAGCAACCCACGGUAUGCUGCAGCUCCACCAGGGGCGUACCUGUACCCCGCUCAGGCUAUGGCUGGCCCAGGGCAGAUGGCUCCUAUGCAGGCCUGGACUCCCAUGGCAGUGGCCCAAACCCACCAGCGCUUCAUCCCUGUGAAUGGAUACCCCAUCCCCCCGGGAUACGCAGCCUUCCCUGCCCACUUUGCUCCCCCUGCUCCGCCCAGAGUCAUCCAGCACCACCUGCCCCCUCCUAAGAGCCGCUCUCCCAGCAGUGCCAGCGGCUCCACCAGUACAGGCCACGUGAGCGGAGUGCCCUCCACCACUGGUUCCAACCACGAUGCUAAUACUCCCCUCCUGUCCCAUUGCAUCAUGCCAGGCAGCGGGGGGCCGCCACAAAUGUACACAAUGUCCCAAAAGAUGGCAGGACAGUUGGAGCACACACAGACAUCUCUGCUGUCCGGAGACUCUGACAUAAUCAUGUACAACGACAAUGUGAUCACAGCAGACCUGUAG